AUGAUGGAUACCAGCAUCAACAGUAUUGAAAUAAAGAACCAGACACCCAUAAGGGAGUUCAUCCUGGUUGGUCUAUCUGCAACAACGUACAUGCAGAUAAUUCUCUUCUGGAUAUUCAUAUUCAUCUACAUUACAGCUCUGAGUGCCAACUUCCUCCUCAUUCUUACCGUUUGCACUUUCAGGAAACUCCACACACCCAUGUACCUCUUCAUUGUCAAUUUGUCCUUAGUGAAUGUAUUCUCUAUUUCAAUUACAAUACCUAAAUUGCUCCACAGUCUUUUGACUGGGAGACAGACCAUCUCAUUUCAUGGUUGCCUUACUCAGGUCUAUAUGUUUAUAUGGGCUGUAGGGACAGAACUCCUGCAUCUCUCCUUUAUGGCUUUUGAUCGCUAUGCUGCUAUCUGUCACCCUUUCCAGUACCACAUGAUCAUGAGGAAGCAAGUGUGUGUUUGUGCAGCUGUUGGAGUGUGGGUUGUGGGACUAGUUAAUACUUCAACUCAUUCUGCACUUUUGAAUCAGCUGUCUUUUUGUAACACCAACAUCAUCAAUCAUUUCUUCUGUGACCUUCCCCCACUGUUGCACCUCUCAUGCUCAGAUUCAGCUCUAAGUGUGGUGGUCUUAUCUGCCUCAGAUUGGAUAUUAGGAGUUGGUUGUUGCGGGUUUACUCUAACAUCAUAUUUUUUUAUUAUAAGAACUAUCUGCAGAAUCCGUUCCACUGAAGGGAAGAAGAAAGCAUUCUCCACCUGUUCCUCACAUUUUUUUGUAGUCAGUAUUUUCUACUCCUCAGUCAUCUACACAUAUAUCAGACCUUCUUCAGCCUAUGCUCCAGAACAAGAUAAGAUAGUGGCUCUUCUAUACUCAGUGGUAACUCCUCUUGCUAAUCCAGUCAUAUAUUCAUUGAGAAACAAAGAUUUUAAGGAAGGAGUGAAAAUUCUGAGAGGGAGAAUUGGGCUGCUCAGUGGGCUUCAAAACUGA